GUAUUCUUUCAGCUCAAUUCACUAAAUUUAAUAUAUAAUAUAUAUAUUCUUUAUUAAAAUUUAUAAAAACACUGCACAAAAUAAAUUCGAAAUUAGUGGAUCUGGUGAUAAAGUGAUACGUUCCUGAUAUUUCGUUUCUCUUGAUUGUUUACGAUGGUUGGACAAAAUGAUGAAAACAUGUUAUCAGACAUGUUGCCCGUCUACUACACAAGGCUCUUUCCUCAAAAUGUGUUCUGUCGGUGGUUGACUUGCGGCAGUAGUCCACAGCCGCUGUCUCACAGAGAAUUAUCUUUUACAUUAGCUGAUGACGUCUAUUUGCGGUAUUUGUCUAUAAGCAAUCAGAAAGAAUUUCAGACAUUGCUCCAAAAGAAGUGCCCUUAUAAAUUGGAUAUUGGUGCUGUGUACAACACAAAACCGUCCAUUGGCCGCCAUGAUGCAGUGGUUCUGGCCAGGGAGCUGGUAUUUGACAUUGACUUGACAGACUAUGAUGAAGUGAGAACAUGCUGUCAAGAAGCUAAUGUCUGUGAGAAGUGCUGGAAGUUCAUGAUUAUUGCUUGUGAAAUCUUGGAUAAAGCGUUGCGAGAUGACUUCGGGUUCCAAAGCAUACUCUGGGUGUUUUCCGGCAGAAGAGGUAUCCAUUGCUGGGUAUCAGACUAUGAGGCCAGGACCCUGGACAGUCCAGGCAGAGCUGCCGUGGCUGACUACCUCUGCCUGAUUAUGGGAGGUGACAAUCAGUUCAAAAAGGUCAAUCUCGGAAGUGAUAACUUGCAUUCAAGCAUCAGGAGAGCUAUGACUGUAAUUGACAGAUAUUUUGAAGAUGUUGUCAAAGACCAGGAGUUUUUCGUAACACCAGAAAGACUACAGAAUUUUUUGAAAAUGAUACCAGACGAAACAUUUAGAACACAAGUUCAAACUAAUUUGGAGAAGAGCAAAGCCCCAUCUUUGGAGAAAUGGAACACUUUUGCUAAACUUUAUGAAACUUAUUGCAGAGAAAAUGGAAGUGCGGGCCGCAAACUGAAAUAUCUAUUAGAAGAAAUCAAAAUACAAUACUGCUACCCCAGAUUAGAUGUAAAUGUCACCAAGGGGUUCAACCACUUGUUAAAGUCUCCCUUCAGUAUACAUCCAAAAACAGGGAAAGUGUCUGUUGUAUUCAAUCCAAGUACUGUGAGAAGUUUCAAAUUGGAUGAAGUUCCUACAAUAAAUACUUUACUUGACGACGGGUCUGCAAACCAUGCGCAGCAAUCGGCCAAUAUGCGAACGGCUGUCAAAACAUUCCAAGAAGUUGUCUUUUCUUUGGAAAAGUCUGAAGCAAUUAGGAGAAGAAAUGAGCCUAAUACAAUGGAAUUCUAAGCAGGCAAUUGGUAUGGCCAAGCAAGACAGCAUUAUAAAAAUAUCCCGUGUUUAAAGCAUCAUUAAAAGUCUUAUGAGAAGUCGGUGCUAACUGCGAGUUGUGUAUUGUGUAUGGUAACUGAAUAAUUUCAGUAUUUCUUCCACACAUACGUUUGCCAAUAAAGCAUGUAAUUGUGAUA